AUGGAGAAGCUGCCAGACGAACUCAUUAACCACAUCUUGGACUAUCUUACACCGACCGAAAUCGUGCUUCUACAGGCAGUAUCAAGGCGCUUUCUCACAUUAGCACGAGACGGCUCAUUAUGGCGCUUUCAAUGCUACUAUGAUUCCCCCAAGGCCACCAUUAACCGAAUAGGCCACAAGUCGUGGACGCAAGCUCUUACUCAAGCCCUUGUUGGCGACCAGAAAUCCUCCAGUGAGCAUACAUGCAUGAGCAGCAAGGCACGAGCCGCAGAUGAGUGGGAUCUUUCAGACCCGUCAGAGAAGGUCGAUUGGUAUUCUGAGUAUAUUGCACGCCAUGCACAACUCUCCGCCACCUGGCUUAGUCCGCAGAGCUCGAGCUAUCAGGACAUACGGGGUGUUGCUCUGUUAGAAGAUGAUGCUGGGAGGAAGCUUGUGGGACCGUUAGAGGAUGGAAGCCUUUGUGUCUGGGAUUUUAAGCGAAAAGAAGGAGCACCUUCGCGGCAUCGUCAAGUAUGUCAGAACUCGGUCCAGAGUCCGCCAGGUAUCGUGUUUAGCCACUCUACCGCCACGAGUGCAUCAUCUCAAUCUGCAGCAAAAAGAGCCUUGCCGCUUUCCGGUGUCACAGAUUGUAUCAGCAUCGACCAGUCUCGAAAGCGCGCAUAUUUGGCGGUUGGGGAUCUACUCAGUGAGGUAGACCUUCCAACCCUUCAAGUGGUCUCACAAGCCAAAUAUGCCUGGCCCAUCACAGCACUCUCCCCAAUUCAGAGUCCAUAUCAGCCCUUGACCGUCGGAACGAGCUUCAGUCUUCACAUUCUGGACCCCCGAAGUCCGGCUAGAGACACGUCCUCAUCACCGGGAUUGCAUACAGAUCUGGUAGAUUCAGUUGCAUUUUUCCCCAACAAGGACGUCGAACGCAACAUCCAUCCGGCAAGGAGAUUUCAGAUCCAUCCUUUGGAUAGCUUCAGAUCAACUGACCACGCUUCUCAAUCGCAAUCUCCAGCUUCAUCUCCUACUCCUUCCAUACAAGGUAGGAGAAAUCUGGUCUCGUAUGCACCACUGGAGCCUGCUCCACUUUCUAUCCUCCACCAGACAGACCACUCCGUCAUGGUAGCAGGCCGCUUCCCUAGCAUUCUCAACUACGACCGCAGAUACUUCCCUCGCCUAGAAUACGUGAUUCACUCCAGCGCGCGCCUCUCAGCUCUAGCAUAUCUCCCCUUCUCACCUCGCGGCAUCAAAGAUUCUUCCACCACUGAGCCUCGAGGCACGCUCAUCUCAUGCGGCGAAUACAACGGCCGCGGUUCAUUAGAGCUCUAUUCUGUCCCUCAUAAUACUUGGCACGUUUCGUCAGAUUCCUCGUCCAACGGUAUGUCUCCCAUGCCCACAACUUCCUGGUCCGACAUCACGUCUUCCGGAUCAGACCCGUUGGAGAGCACUAGUACCGCAACCGCCGCAGAAAACAGCAAUCCUGCUAUCACCACCCAAACCCAACCAAGAAUCUACUCGUACCAAAACCGACAAAACAUCUCCUCAGCCAAACUUCUCUCCGUCGCCACCCAAGGCACGCGUAUCGUCUUCUCCGACGCAGAUGGCGGACUGAAGUGGGUCGAAAGGGAUGGGAAGAGCAUAGCGCGAAGGUGGAACAUCAAUUCCUACCAACUGCAUCAAGAGUCCUUUCCGAGAAUGGGUGAAAGGGCAAGCAGUAGCAGCGGCAGCAGCAAUCGCAAGAUGGAAAAAUUCGAAGAAAGCGAGGAGGUGGUGAGAAAGAUCAUCCCCACCGGGACCGGGGAGGCGGAUGAUCUGCUGGUUUGGACGGGGGAGCGGGUGGGUUUGGUGAGCUUUGGGAGGAACGAGGAGUUUUACGAUGCAGAAGAAGGGCAUGGAGGAAAGGAGGAUGUGGUGAGGACAUUUGACGGGUUCGUGGGGCCGAGGAUGGUGGGGGAUGAGGGCGUAGGAGGGGAGGGUGGCGGGCAGGACGAUCUGGAAGAGAAGGCUCGCGAAUACGAUAGGAGGAUGAGGAGAGUGCUGGAGAGGCAGGCGGAUGAGCUCAAUUGGAUGCAUCGCUUUGGCUUUGGCGGGGACUCGUAG